AUGUUGCAGCUGCUAUACGGAGUCAUUUUCGGGGAAAUGUUCCUGAUUUUGACCUUGUUGUUUAAGAGCCCUCUGAGGAAGCUAGUGAUCCUGGCCUUGGAUAAGAUGAAGCGAGGGAAGGGCCCAGUGAUGGUGAAGACAGUCGCUGGGACUGUAUUUGUUGUUCUCCUGGCCGGCGUCUACAAUCUGGUUGACAUCAAGAACCGAACCAUUGAGUCUGGUGUGCUCAACCCUACGGACGAGGUUCUCAUGUCCGUGAAAAUGCUUGAAAUUUCUCUCAUGGAUAGAUUGCACCAUUACAUAAGAGAACUUCGAUUCCUCAGGAAGGCCAUGGAUGCUGCAAAAAAACAAAGCCAAAGUAUUCAAGAGGAGAAAAAUGGAAGUUCAGAGCAACUUAAGACCUUGGCACAAGAGAAUGACACAUUGAGGACAAAGAUCAAGAAUCUGGAAUCUGAAUAUGAGACAAAAGCAAAGAAGGCAAAGGCGGCGGGAAGUGAGGUGGAGGCCCUAAGAAAGCAAUCUGAAGGACUCCUUAUGGAAUAUGACCGCUUGCUGGCAGACAACCAAAACCUCCGGAGCCAGUUAACAUCGAUUGAGCAAAGCACAUCCCACUCUGAUGACAAAAAGAACACAUAA